AGUAUUUCGCCAGCAGUCAGGGCUGGACGGUGACUAGUUGAGCAUGAGACAAGAAAGGGUGCGCACCUGAGUUUUUACACACUAAAGGGACCAAGCACUCCAGGGAUACCACCUGCCCACAGGAGAGGACCACCAUGUUCAAGACCAGCUACCUUCGAGAGGUGCGCAAGGAGAAGUACGAGCGUUCCGACGUCUUCUCGGAGGAACCGGAGGACUCGGCGGGGAUAUCGGCCAUUCAAGGAUGGGAGAAUCUGCAGGAGCUCAACAACCGCUUCGCCCGCUACAUCAACAGAGCUCGGGUCCUCGAGCAGCGCAAUGCCGUCUUCCGGAAGCAGCUGGAGACUCUGCAGAGGAUGGAGGAAGAGAGCGGCCUGGAGGAGGCCUUCAGAGAGCAGAUCGACGUCAACAGGCAGAGAAUCCGAGAACUCACGUCCGACCGCUCCAAGCUGGAGCGAGAGAUGAGGGAGGCGUGUCGCAUGCUGGACGAAUUCACCAACAAGUACAGAAACGAAUGUGAUUACCAGGAGCAGCUACGAGGAACUCUGGAGCAGUUGAAUAAGGAGGCUGACAACGCUCUGCUGAAGAACUUGGAGUAUCAGAUCGAGUCUCAGUUCCUGCAGGAUGACAUCAACGCCACCAGAGAGAGAUAUAAGAAGAACCUCGCUGAGAUCAAGACCUAUUUAAACAUUUUGCAGCAAAUCAACCAGACACUUCCACUCGUUCCUAAUGUGUCGCUGGGCAUCUCUGAGGAACAAGAGAAGCUUCUGGCCCAGAGGAAGGUUCCAGAGCUGCAGAGACAGUUGGAGGAGUUCAAGAGCGCCAUCUGCCAGCUGCACACGUUAAAACAAGGCUUGCAGGCUGAGACUGCAGCACUGGAGCAGAAAAUCAGAAACACGCAGGAAAACUACGACGAGGAGCUCCAGGGUUACAACGAGAAAAUUGAAUCCUUGCGAAAGGAGAUCGAGGAAAUGGAGAAGUGUCUGGAGAAGCUCAACUGCGAGUGUCGCCACCUGGCCAUGUACCAGACCUCUCUGGAGAACGAGCUGGAACGAUACCAGAGGAUCAUCGAGAACGAAGACAACAGGUUGAACUCUGCUAUCAUCGGGACUCCCAUCACUUUGCUCAACACAAACUACCACUACACUCACACACCUUCAGCCUCCAGCAGAGGGAGAGACAUCACUCAGGCUAUUCAGGACAUCACCAACAUGAAGCCCCGUCAGAAGUUCCAAGGCAAGAAGGGUCUUAAGAAGAAGGAUCUUAACCAGAGAGACGUGAUGGACAGUUGCAUGGAGGAACGGCCUGGUGAGGCUUUAGAUGAAGAUGUCAGAGAGGAAGUCCAGGAGGAGUGGAAGAAGGACCAAGGAUCCGGACUCACUGGAGUCUCUCCACAGGAUGUUCCAGACGGAGCUCAGAUCAGCAAGGCCUUCGACACUCUCUGUAACAUUGUGCGGGACAGGAUGAGGAAGUACAAGAAACCAGAACCUCUGACAGCUGACUUUUACACCAAGGGGCGGUAUGUCCUGGUGACCGGUGACAGCAGCUUCCCAGAUCCCUGCUUCUACGUCUCCUCACCAUCCUCCGGGCAUGUCACCGUGACCGUCAGAGAUGAUUCGCAGAGUUCAGAUGAUGUGCCUGGGCGUCGCACCCCAUCACCCCCUCCCAUUCAGCCCAUCCCAGAUCCAAGACCGAGGACGCCGCCGAAGCCUUUAAAUGGUGGGGGGAUUAAGGAGGAAGACAAGGGAGGAAGAGGAAAGGAUGAUGAUGGAACAUGCAAGAAGAAAGCUGGAGAACCUCAGCCCCCACCUGUGAUACCACCUGGCCCAGGCUUGUACCCAAAAGAGCCCACCUCAGGGGGUGAUAAAACAAAGAAGGAUGACACUGGUCCAGCGGAGCCAAAGCCAUCUCCUCGUGGUGGGAGCACCAGCUCCAGCACUAGCUCUGGCAGCUUCACACCUGACGCCAGGACCUACGAGAAGGUGGAGGUGCUGGAGUCCAUUGAGACGUUCUCCAACAGCCGCAAGGUAAAGGAUUACGAGGAAACAUCUUUGGUCUUCGAGACAACAACAGAGAAAUCCAGUAAGAAGAAACACUAAAUCCGAAAUGGUUGCCAUCCGCUCUGUCGGAGGCUAAACGUAAUCCUCAACCUUCUCUGCUCUGAGGUUCUCCAAGCUGCUUGCACUUUUCCGGUCUUGCCAAUAUACUUUGCUGGUUCUUCACUCAUGCUGAGGUCCUUUAAUGUUUCGAAACCAGGCUCAAAUUAUCAACCACCAUGUCAAUCUCCUAAACAAUUUGAAAUUAUAGAGGAGUCAUUUGGAACUUGUGCCACCUGACAGAUUUUGACUGCUAAAUCUUUCCCCCUUUGGAGUCUAUUUGUUGAAUUUGAUGCCACUAAGCGCCCGCAAUGCACAAUUUUGCAGUGUCGGAAUUUGUUUUGAAAUACGAAAUAAAGAAAGUUCUAAUCACAAAA